UUCCAGCAGAAACAAAUUUCCAGUAGAUGGAUUAUGUCAGGAACUUUUUAGACAUCAAAUAAGUGAAAGCUAAGUUGAAGCCUUACCUUAACAAUGUUCCUUCAUGUUUUUCAUCAGUUCUGCACCUUUCUACCAUUGUUGAAAUCGUAUCUUUAGAAUUGUAAUGUGUAGGAAUAUAAAUAGACUUAAGAUUACCUACUCCAAUACUACUUCCCAAGACAGAUUUCCUGAUGUUUGCUUCCCAAACUCUCAAAGAUUUACUUCUUGAUCAGCUUCUUGUCCUUCUUGUUUACGAAACAGUUAUUAGGUCCAUAAGUUUUUAUACUACAAAUUCAAGGAUUUUUUAUGGAUACUCAAGGAUUAAACAAGAGAGAAAUUUACUAGUGUAAUUGAGAUUAACCCAUCUUAUUAAUUUCUAGAAGUAUAUUAGCUUAUUUAUAUAGCUUAUAUAUCAAUCAUAUUAGAACUAAACCUCUUACAUGCAAUUCUAUUAUAAAUACAAUUUUAAUUCAACUCAGAAAUUAGAUAAUGCCUAUAUAGGUGUACACUACUGAUGGAUUUGGUUCCAUUUAAUCUUACCUAUAUUUUAACUGAAUGAAUAACAACAAACAGCUUCCAUGACCAAAAAGGACCAAAGAGUUUCAUCUAUAGAAAAAUAAUGUUUCAAAUAUUGCUGUUCACAUCUUUCCCUGUAUACAUUAUGCUCAACUACACUUUUUAAAUGUUAAAUGGCAUAAUCAUGGAGGUUUAAUUGGGUAAUCGUAAUCCAUGCAAGUCUGAUGUUCUAGAUUGAGAAAAAUUCAAAAUUGGGUAGGAAUAAUAACACUUCAUUGAUCAGAUUGGACAAAAUCAAGAAGAACGAUAGUCCGUCUAGCCACUGAGCGAAGUUGUGGGUCUUAAGAUUUAUGGUACGAAUUGAAGUUGGCGUAUAAACAAUCAUGUCCCACUUGAAAUAGAGCUGAGUUUGGGCCCAAAUCAUGGAAUAGAAACAGGUUAAGGUCUUUCAGUUGGAUCAUUCAUGGUCAUAGAUGAGGUUUGGUUUCUAGGACUCGAGCGGAUCAAACAUUUUUCCUCUACUAAAAGACAAACAGAACCGACCUUGUCAGUGUUCAGAAUUGAUGAUAAAUCAACUACCAAUUGUGAGAGCUGCAAGGUUGGACUUGACAGAAAGGACAAUGAAUGAAUCGUCUUUACUCGUCUUUUUUGCCAACACUACAUAUAUGCACAGUUGCAUAUAUUGGAAUUGAAACUUUUUUAUCAUUGGGAUUUUGCAGGGUCAUUUUGGUAUAGUUCAGUCAUCAAAGGUACACUGUAAACUUUAUCAAACAAUUUUUAAUUCAAGAUCUCUAUUUCCGGGAUCAAUGGCAGCUGAACCAGUUAAUGUUAAUGAAUUCCAAGAAUUAGCCAGGCAAGCCCUUCCCAAAAUGUACUAUGACUACUAUAGUGGUGGAGCCGAGGAUCAGCACACACUAAAAGAGAAUGUGGAAGAAUUUCAUAGAAUUACGAUCCGGCCAAGAAUACUUGUUGAUGUCAGCAGGGUCGAUUUGUCGACUACUGUUCUAGGGUACAAAAUCUCAGCCCCUAUUAUGAUUGCUCCAACCGCUAUGCAUAAGUUGGCACACCCUGAAGGUGAGGUCGCCACAGCCAGAGCAGCUGCUGCAUGUAACACAAUAAUGAUUUUAUCCUACAUGUCUACCUGUACUGUUGAGGAGGUUGCUUCAAGCUGCAUUGCUGUUCGGUUCUUGCAAUUAUAUGUCUACAAGAGGCGAGAUAUAUCUGCUAAUUUAGUGCAGAGAGCUGAAAGAUGUGGAUACAAGGCCAUUGUCCUAACUGUUGAUGCUCCUAGACUUGGUCGAAGGGAGAAAGACAUAAAGAACAAAAUGGUUGCACCUCAAUUGAAGAACUUUGAAGGUCUCAUAUCGACCGAAGUUUCCUCUGAUGACGGUUCAAAUCUAGAAGCUUUUGCCAACAAUACAUUUGAUGCCUCUUUGUCUUGGAAGGACAUUAGAUGGUUAAGAUCUAUUACAAAUUUGCCGAUUUUGAUCAAGGGAGUACUUACUCACGAAGAUGCAAUUAAGGCUGUUGAAGUAGGCGUUGAUGGGAUUGUUGUCUCCAAUCAUGGAGCUCGCCAGCUAGAUUAUGCUCCAGCUACCAUUUCUGUUCUUGAAGAGGUAGUUCAUGCUGUUAAAGGAAAUGUUCCUGUUUUAUUUGAUGGAGGAAUAAGGCGGGGAACAGAUGUUUUCAAGGCGUUAGCCCUUGGUGCGCAAGCUGUCCUUAUUGGAAGGCCUGCUGUCUAUGGGCUUGCAGCAAAGGGAGAAUAUGGGGUGAAAAUAGUUGUUGAAAUGCUGAAGGAUGAGCUUGAGCUCACCAUGGCCCUUUCCGGAUGCCCUACUGUGAAGGAUAUUUCCAGAAACCAUGUCAGAACAAAGCAUGAGAGACUCCACUCUAUGCUUUAAAAUCUAUCAUUAUUGUUACUUCCCAUUGAUAAGUUUGUUCAGAUCAUUACUGAAUCUGUCAUCACAUAAUUAAACAAAGGCUGUCAUACAACAAAAAAAAAGUGAAUAAAUUUGUUCCAAGGAAUGGUUGAACUACUUUCCAUUCGAGGCAUUUGAGAAAACUGCAACUUCUCAAAUCGAGCACUCUUGAAGAAUAUUAAACAAAUGUUACUGCAUGCUGGUGAUAUAAGGGCAAAUUAUUUACAUGACUUAAAAGUUUUAAUGCACAUUAUAUUUUUAUUGAACAGUUAAAUCUUCACUUAGUUUUUUUU